AUUUUGUUUCCAGAACGUUCCAUGCAAAUUGUGUUUGUUGUGUGUUAUGCUUUUCGGGUGAUUUUCCACAGAAAAUAUUGUCAAACAGUGCUCUGUAGCCAUAUCACGCAUUAGCAAGCGACAGACAAAACUGAAGAAUUUUUUGAAGGAAAGAAAAUGGCCACUCCAGUCGGAUAUGGUCACCUGCUAGAAUGCCCAUACAACAAAUCGCACAGAGUGCAGGCGACAGCCAUGGCAAGACAUCUGUUGAAGUGCCGUAAGAUGUACCCAGACACACAGUUUGUCACCUGUCCGUUCAAUCAUGCUCACAAAAUCGCUGAGCCCGAGCUAAAGAUGCACACUGCCACCUGUGAGGAUCGGGCAAAUUUUGAUAUGUACAAAUACUGCAUAACCACGGCAGCGUCCACCCAAGCCGGAGAGCCUCCGGAACCGGAACUCAUAUACAAUAACGAGGACCCGAUUGCACCCAAGAAAGUCCAAGAUGACGAUGACGAAUGUUGGGAUGAUUUACGCAUUCCCGCGUACAACCCUCAGGAAUACUGCGCUACGGCAAAAAUUAUUCGCAAAGCUACACUAAAGACUCCUGCGGAAAAGCGGGUCUUCUAUGAGCAGGAAACUCAGCGCCAUAAGGAGCUGGAUAUUAAAAUUAAGCAGGAAAUUAAAGAUAACGGAAGUAGUAGCUCGCGGUCCCGUUCACGAUCAACAUCACGUUCGCGUCGCUUCAGAACUAGACGAUCCCGAUCUCGUCGUAGAUCUCCGUCUUUCACUCGUUCCAGACGGUCUCGGUCGAAUUCUAGGAAAUCUCUGUCGCCGAGUCCUGAACGCGAACGUAGGCGGACCCGUUCUCGUUCGGUAGAACGACGUAGCAAUCGUAGACGCUCCCCUUCACCUGAUUACAGACGGCAGCGAAUGGCGCUUGAUCGGUACGAACGGCAGUACGAUCGGUCCGAAUAUCAUCACUACCCUUCCCGGUACGACAGUUAUUCACGGCCUCACGAAUACGAUCGCUAUCCGCCACGGUACGACCGGCACACGCUAGCCAGCAGCUACGAAAGAGAACGACGUUUCGGUCGACGUGAUUCACGAGAUCUCGAAGACGAAGAGCACAUCUACCGACGCGAUCUCAGAGAUUGAAGUUUGCAAAGAAUCUACUCCAUAAUUGUUCAUAUUUUUAGUUGUACAAAAAUUAUUAAUAUUAUGAAUACAUAAAUUAGAUGGAAUCUAGCAGUCAACAUCUAUUUCUUAAAUAAAGUGUGGCAUUAG